AUGUCUUUCUAUAGGAAUUCCACAACUUCACCACUCACCUACUGGGGUCAAUUCGAGACCAUUGGAGAAUACAACUCCAACCUGAACAUUCCCGAGCGAUUGUGGGCGGCUUGGUACGCCUGGAUGCAAAAUGAUGUUCUGGCCACCGGUAUCAUGUCAUUUAUGAUGCACGAAUUGGUUUACUUCGGCCGCUCGUUGCCUUGGAUCCUGAUUGACAGCAUGGGCUUUUUCAAGGGAUACAAAAUUCAGAACAACAAAAUCCCCACACUCAAGGAACAAUGGGACUGCGCUAAAUUUGUCCUUCUGAGCCACUUCACUGUUGAGCUGCCCCAGAUUUGGCUCUUCCACCCUAUGGCUCAAUACUUUGGCCUCUCGACCUCGAUUCCUUUCCCCUCCAUUUGGACCAUGGCCAUUCAGAUCGCGAUUUUCUUUGUUAUGGAGGACACUUGGCACUACUUCUCUCACCGCGCACUUCACUGGGGUCCUCUCUACAAGGCUAUUCACAAGAUCCACCACCAGUACUCGGCUCCCUUCGGUUUGGCGGCUGAAUACGCUUCUCCCAUUGAGGUCAUGAUUCUCGGCUUUGGUACUGUUGGUUGCCCCAUUGUCUGGUGUGCUUUCACUGGUGAUUUGCACAUCCUCACCAUGUACAUCUGGAUCGUUCUGCGACUCUUCCAGGCCAUCGAUGCUCACAGUGGUUACGAGUUCCCCUGGAGUCUCCACCACUUCCUUCCCUUCUGGGCUGGCGCCGACCACCACGACCUUCACCACGAGAAGUUCAUCGGUAACUACUCGAGCAGCUUCCGCUGGUGGGACUACGUUCUCGACACCGAGUACAACCCCGAGUCUAUUCAGAAGCGUCGGGCUGAGAAGAAGGCCCAGUGA